CCACACAUGUGAAUCAUGUGCCCUCUGAAUGAACCCGUUUUAAAUGUCCUCAUCGAUGAGCUCAUCGCUAAAUCACCGCAACACUCAGCGCAGAGUCCAGCGCGUCUUCAUUCAUGGCGUCCGCAAACACACGCUGAACUUUUACAACUAUCAAAAACACUUCAGGACACAAGCAUGGCUGAGAUCAGUUCGAUUAAGGCUGCACUGCUGGCAGUUGUAGUCGGUGUGUAUCUCAUUCCUUCACCCAUUGACCCUGAGCCUUACAUAUUCGAGGGACCCCCGCCAGCUCUGGAGGGCCCUUUGGCGGUGAACACACGGCUACAGAGAGGUCGACAACUGUUCUCUGAUCAGCUCAAAGGUCCGGAGUCCUUCACUGCAGACCAGAAUGGAAACAUCUACACAGGCACCAUCGAUGGGAAACUCUGGAGAAUCAACAAGGAAUCCCUCACUUUCAUCACUCAGAUGGGGCAGAACAUUCCUGAAUGUGGCACAAGCAUGGACUAUGAGCCGGUGUGUGGUCGUCCACACGGCCUGCGAUUGGACCAUGAUGGGCAGAUUAUUGUGGCUGACUCUUACCUGGGUCUGUUCAAGGUAGACCCUUGGACUGGAGAAAAGACAUUGCUUCAUUCCAGCAAAGAGGGAGCUGACGGGAUUCCCUUUGGCUUUCUGAAUGGCCUGGAGAUUUCCAAAAAUGGGACAGUGUUAUUCACAGACUCCAGUAGUAAAUGGGGGAGACGUCAUGUCCGAUAUGAGGUGUUGGAGACAAACCACCUCGGUCGCCUUCUAUCGUAUGACCCUGAGACCGGUCGCGUUCAUACAUUGUUGGACUCUCUCUACAUGCCUAAUGGCAUUGCCUUCUCACCUGAUGAAGACUUCCUGCUUCUAGCCGAGACCAGUAUUGGACGGAUUAUUAGGUUCUGGUUGAAAGGACCUAAAGCGGGCACAAAGGAGAUUGUCCUGAGCAACAUGAUUGGUUACCCUGAUAAUAUUCGUGUCAGUGACCGUGGCACAUUUUUGGUGGGUAUAACCACGGUUAGAUUCCGUGGCCGACUUUUCCCACCAUUCCUGGAUCUGAUUGGUCCAUACCCUGCCCUCAAACGCUUCAUCGUGAAGCUCAUUCCUCUAAGCUGGUACAGUGUUCUGUUGCCCAAAUAUGGGCUGAUUCUGGAGCUGGGGCCUAAUGGAGAGGUGAUUGACAGCCUUCAUGACCCUUCAGGCAGCCUGACCUGGGCCAACAGUGAUGUCUUCCAGCAGGGGGAGCACUAUUAUCUUGGCAGCACUGAUCUGCCAUUCCUUCCUGUGUUAGAGGAGUGGAGUGGUGGACCCAGAGAAGUGUAAUGCGCAGUAACCUUUCCUAGAAUAUGAGAUGAUUUGCAUUUUAAUCAUGCACUGCAGUCUACUGAGGAGAGUACGUGCUCUGUGGUGCUACAUUCAUGUAACUGUGAAUUAUUUGAUUCAGGUUUCGUGAAGCCAUUAUAGUUUGUCUAACACGAUGUUGUAACUGUACUAGUAGUUAAAUUGGGUUUGGUUUCCCAUUUUGUUUUAUGGCCAUCAAGGGGCGGUACUGGACCGCUUGCUCAUUUUGUAGCACUGUUGUUCCUGUUUUUUGUGUGUUGUUUUUUAAUUUAACACAUAGUUUUCUUAUCUUGAUAUAAUGCAAGAAACAGAAGUGUCAUUGGGUUUACAUGGUUAACUUUCCUCGUGUCACACUAAUAAAUCAUUUUUAUAAAAAGAAAUGGACAUGAAUUGCAACUAGACUUUAUGGUAAGCAAUAUGCAGUCAUUUUUUCAACUAAAAUAAUUUCAGAAUCCUUUUAUCAAACAAUCAAAAAUGACAAAAACAAAAAGUUGAAGCUACCAACACACAUAAUGAAAGAAUUAUUCAUGGUAGUAUGGUAGGCAUACUAAUUCGUGUUUUUUAAACAUACAAAUCAGCGAAUCAGAACAAUUUAAGGUCAACAAACAUUUAAAAUGUUAUAUACUGUGUUAGUGUUUUUGUGACAGAAUAUGUAGGGUGAAGUGUUGUUGAAUCUUGAUUUAUACUGUAUAUCAAGAUAAACACAAUCCAACAUUCAAUAAAGUGCAUUAUAAAUGUUCAGAACUGUGCCCUAUUCAUAACAGAAGUGAAACAAAGUUCUUAACAGGAAUAAAAACAAAAAGAAACAAUAUAUGUUGUCAAACUGUCAUUAUUAAUUUCAAAGCAGCAAAAUGAACAGUAAUUCAAAGUAAGCAGGAAUAUGUUGUUAAUACUCUCACAGAUACGUGUCAGCUGGCAGUUUGUCUGGAUCACAUGUGAUGAUGUCAGAGAACUGGAGUGGAAAAAGGCCAUCCUGACAUAAAGUGUUUGUAGUGUGCAGUAACCUGGGCGCACCAUGAUGACCUCAUCAGAAGAGAGACAGAUGGUCUUUCUGGGAACAUCAGGAUAUAAAGGCAACAAUAGGGUUUGUUAUUCAGUCUUUUAUUCUCAUCCUCCCUUUUCUAUUCUGCCAUUUAACCAGCAUGUCUACUUCAGCGUCUGUCGUUGUUUGUUUCUGU